AUGGGGAGAGAGUGCGCGCGGCAGCACCCGCGUCUGGAACCCCAGAGAGCCCCGCCCGUGCCCGGAGCCCUCUCCGGGCUCUGGGUGCGGGCACAGGGGGUGGGGUCUCCGCUGCCACCGCCCCUUACCUCGCGCGGGCCCUCCCCGCAGGUCCCGGAGGCGGGGGCGACCGCCACCUUCCAGAGCUCGCGGAGGGGAUGGGGCGGGGGUGAUCGGAUCGGAGGCAGCGACCAAGGCGCCUGCGCGACCCCAGGUCCGGCCCAUCCCUCCACUCCCUCGUACCGCAAGCCCCCGCCCCUCCUGACAACCACCCGCUACGCUUACCCGGUUACAAGGAACCCAGGCUGCAACCAGGAAAAACUGCCAUCAGAAAGUUUAUCUAAGCAGGAGCAAACUUGGCUGGACCGGCCCCUGACCCGCCUUGACGCCGCCGCCCCCGUCUUCUGCGCUCCCCGGCCAGGCGAGGAUCAGAGUUUUGUUGUCGGAGAUUCUUGCCUUUCUUGUGUUAGCACAAACGCGCACGCACUCCUUUCCCAUAACGAGCCCCUCCGCCCAACUACAGAUCCCGGGAUCUGUCGCUGUGGCUGGAAGGGCCCCACUCCAGAAGCCUGAGCUGGCUGCGGCUCUUGGUCCCGGG